AUGAAAUGGCCGGGUACCGAGCCGGAAGUACCUUGGAACGCGAAGGAAACAAAACCAUUUGAGCCGACGCGCUCUGCAUACGUGCUUCCGUACCUCGUACUAGCAGCGUCAGGUGGUGAUGGGGUCCUAUGGAGGGUCUUGGCGAUGUGCGUCGAGAACGAAAUGAUGCUUGCUCCCUCCUACCUUCACACACCAAAGCCUUCUCUAAACUCAGCUGCUUUCCGAAAAAGACUGGGUUACAUCAUGAAAACCAUUGAUCAUCGAGCCGAGCUUAUUUCACUGUCGCCGUCCUUCAAGUUGACGGAUAGAAGACACACCUGCGUAUAA